GGGCCGCGGGACGGGGGGCCGGGGGCGGCAUUAAUUUGCCGAAAUGACUUUUAAUGAGCGCUGGCGGGGUGGGGGGGCACCCCCUCCCCCAGCCCGGUGCGGGGCCGCCGCGGCGGAGGCGGUGCCGGUCCCGCGGGGCUGCGCCGGCCGCGGCCUGGAAAGUUUCGCGGCGUUUUUGGGGUGCUUUACCCCCCCACCGCCGCCGCCGCCCUGCCCCCGCCCGCGGCCGUGGGGACGGUGCCGGCGGGGCGGGGGCGCCUCGCAAUGCGGCCGCAGGUCCCCCCCGCCCGUCCCGUACCCCCUUUCCCCCCGUCGGUGACCCCCUUCGGCCGGGGCGGCGGCGGGCGGGUUUGCCGCACAACUUUUUGGGAGGCGGUGGGGGGUGGUUCUGGGGGUGCGGGGAAGCCCUCGGAGUGUCCCCCCCGCCCCCUAAGCUGCCGGCACGUGGGGCCCCGGGCCGGCCCCCGGAGCGCGGAACGAGGGGUAGGGGCGAGGGGCUGCCCUGGCUGCACCUUCGCUCCCCGGCUCAUGCCGGGCCCGGCGGCUCCCUGAGCCCUGCCGAGCCCGGGCCGGGGACCCUCGGCCACCCCACGGUGCCAGGACCCGUUAGCGGGACAGGAGCCACAGCCCACUGCACCCCAGCCAGGGCAGGGGAUCGCCUCAGGGGCCCCUGCACGGCAAGGGCCGUGUCUGACCCCCUCCCGUGUCCCGGGAAAAGAACGUCUGGUAGUUGUGAAGUGAGUGCACUGGAAGACCCACCACCGCGCUUCACCCCGCACAGACAAUCUGCUUCAUCUUGGUUCAUCAUCAUUCCAGGAUAGUGGUGUCCUUGGGGCUCUCUCUUAACAUUGACAUGGUACAGAAGAUUUAAAAUCAGCUGAUGUUCACAAGGAAUAGAGUCACGUGAUGUAUGAAGGCAAACACAUACACUUCUCUGAGGUUGACAAUAAGCCCUUGUGCUCGUAUAGCCCCAAACUGUGCAAGCAGAGGCGACUUAACGGCUACGCCUUCUGUAUCAGACACGUUCUGGAGGACAAGACUGCCCCCUUCAAGCAAUGUGAAUAUGUGGCCAAGUACAAUAGCCAACGCUGCACCAACCCCAUCCCCAAGUCUGAGGACCGUAGGUACUGCAACAGCCACCUGCAGGUACUUGGCUUUAUACCCAAAAAGGAGAGGAAGAAAAAGAAUGAUCCCAUAGAGGAGGUAAAGGUCAGGCAUCAGAUGGAUGCUAUGGCCUUCAGUCUGACAGUGCCCACCCUGGCCUUGAAGAUGCCCAACGGACUGGACGGGAUGUCCCUGUCCCCUCCAGGGGCAAGGCUUCCUCUCCACUACCUGGAGGCAGAAUUAGAAGACCCCUUUGCUUUCAAUGAGGAGGAUGAUGACCUAAAGAAAGGGGCAACAGUGAAGAAAAAGUUGCAGAGCAAGUUGGCUCAAAACCGGCAGCGCCAGAGAGAGACAGAGAUUUUAAAAGUUCGCCAAGAGCACUUUAGCCCCAUUCCUGCACCUUUGCAGCAGCAGCCUCUGCAGCAGCAGCACUCCCAUCUGCCACCUUCAUCAGCUUCGUUAAAGCCGACAGGGCUACCGCAGGGCAUCGUCUGCAAGUCACCUCAACCUCUGAACACCAGCCUACCAAUGCAGGGAGUGGCACCCACCACACACACUAUAGCACAAGCACGGCAGUUGUCCAACAAGAGACCUCUGCCUCUCCUGCCACCCGCCAGGGCUCCUGUCACGGACCCGCCCAGGACUGACCGGGUCCUCAUGAAAGCCACGGCCUUCUCUCCGCACUCGUCCUGCAUGAGCCGGCUCCAGAGACUGGUGAAACUGUGCACUCGAAAGCAGCAGCUGGACACGGAUCUGUUUCCUCACUUAGGGCUGGAUUGGUCUGAAGACAGUGGAGAAGAGUUGGAGGAUUCAGAGCAGACCUCCCCUUACCAGGUUGCGUGGUCUAUCCGAGAAAGCCUCGGCUAUGAGAGACCUGAGUCCGAUGAUGACAAUGCAGAUGACAGGAGUUCCAGGGUGACCAGACUUUGCACUUACUUUCAGCAGAAAUACAAGCACCUCUGCCGCCUGGAGCGGGCAGAAUCUCGCCAGAAGAAAUGCCGGCACACGCUCCGGAAAGCCUUGCUGCAGGCGGCCAGCAGAGAGCCGGAGCGCGCGGGGCAGCUCCUGCGGGAGCUGCGCAGAGCCACGUGUGCUUGUACCAGCACAAGCCAAGCAAGGCAGAGAGAUGCGGAACCAACAACCUGCAGUGGAACUUCGAAGGGAGAGCAGUGCACUAACAAGGCCCUUCCAUUCACCAGGCACUGUUUUCAGCAUAUCUUAUUGAACCGUUCUCAGCAGCUCUUCUCGAGUUGCACAGCCAAGUUUGCAGAUGGUCAACAGUGCUCUGUGCCAGUUUUUGACAUUACACAUCAGACACCUCUGUGCGAAGAACAUGCCAAAAAAAUGGAUAAUUUCUUGAGAGGGGACAGCUCCCGUAAAGUUCAGCACCAGCAGCAGAGGAAACCCAGGAAAAAAACGAAGCCACCUGCACUUACCAAAAAACACAAGAAGAAGAGAAGGCGAGGCCCACGCCGGCCCCAGAAACCCAUUCCUCCUGCAGUGCCCCAAGGGAACCUCACCAUGCCUGCCAGUGUCUCACUGCCAGUAGAGAUACCCCACAUUCGGAGCCCCUCCACACCAGAGCUCAGUGCCGAUGAGCUGCCUGAUGAUAUCGCCAAUGAAAUCACAGACAUUCCACAUGACUUGGAAUUGAAUCAGGAGGACUUCUCUGAUGUCCUGCCGCGGCUGCCCGAUGACUUGCAAGAUUUUGAUUUCUUUGAAGGUAAAAAUGGAGAUCUUCUUCCGACCACAGAAGAGGCUGAAGAACUGGAACGGGCCCUACAGGCUGUAACUUCUCUUGAGUGCCUGAGUACCAUUGGAGUGCUUACACAGACAGAUGGUGUGCCAGUUCAGGAGCUGUCAGAUAGAGCGAUAGGGGUGUUCUCUACAGGUGCUGGAGCUCCAGGAAUGCAGUCCUUGAGUCGAGAGGUUAACACGGAUCUGGGGGAGCUGUUGAAUGGGCGUAUAGUACAUGAUAAUUUCUCCGGUCUGGAGCUGGAUGAGAACUUGCUCCGUUCUGCUACCUUGUCCAACCCACCUACGCCCCUGGCAGGGCAGAUCCAGGGGCAGUUCUCAGCCCCAGCCAACGUUGGCCUUACUUCUGCCACUCUGAUAAGCCAGAGUGGCCUUGGGGAGAGAGCCUUCCCGGGACAGUUUCAUGGACUUCAUGAUGGCAGCCAUGCCUCCCAGAGGCCCCACCCUGCCCAGCUGCUGAGCAAGGCAGAUGACCUGAUCACCUCACGACAGCAAUACAGCAGUGACCAUUCACACUCCUCACCCCAUGGAAGCCAUUAUGAUAGUGAGCAUGUGCCGUCUCCCUACAGUGACCAUAUCACAUCCCCUCACACCACAUCCUUUUCUGGUGAUAACUUGGCAGCUACCUUCUCAGCAGAGAUGCCCAUGAUGGCACAGCACUUGCUCCCAACUCAGCUGGAUGUGCCACUUAGCGGGGUGGUCAACCCCAGAACUCACUGGGGAAAUCUUCCUGUCAAUCUUGGGGACCCCUCUCCGUUUAGCAACCUUCUCGGUGCAGAUGGACACCUCCUGUCCACCUCCCUGUCCACACCACCUACCACCUCGCACUCAGAGACCACACAGCCUGCCUUCGCCACUGUGACCCCCAACAGCUCCAGUGUGCUUCCGGGGUUACCGCAGACCAGUUUCAGUGGCAUGGGUCCUGCCUCCGCUGAACUCAUGGGCUCCACCUCCCCCAAACAACAGCUCCCUCAGUUCAGCGCAGCCUUUGGGCACCAGCUGAGCUCCCACAGUGGCAUUCCCAAGGACCUGCAGCCCAGCCACAGCUCCAUAGCUCCUCCCACGGGCUUCGCAGUGACUGGUGCCACCGCUACCAGUACCAAUAACGCAUCCGCGCCCUUCACCACCUCCAACUGAGCUUGUCUGCCUGGCUCCCUGCAGCAGAAAGCACCUGUCAGCAACCUGCUCAGUCACAUUGAAGUGCUGUGUAACUUAGGCUUCAGUUUCAGAGGAGAAUGCUGCUCCAGUUCUGUCAUCGAGCCAUACUGGAUUCCAUGUUUUCAAUAUGGCUAUGACACAAUUUUUCUUGGCCACAAUUCAGCCAUGGAAUUUUGUCUUCCUUGCAUUGCUGUUAGAAGAAGGUAACUGGUGUGCUGUUCCAUCUGAGCUUUCAUGCAGUCAUACACGACUUCUAUGAUACAUAUGGUGGGGCGUGUGUAUGGGUAUGUCUGUGUGCUGCGUGUGGAUAAUAUAGAUUGAUACGCACACGCCUAUUAUGCUAUUUCAGUUUAUGUAUAUGGAGAAUGUACCUGUUGGUUAUCUCCUGAUAUAUACUCAUGCAUACCUAUAUUAAAGAUGUAUAUAGAGUGUAGGUGUCCUGCAUAUACAUAUGUAUAUGUUACGAAACUUGUUUGGCAAUUUUUUUCCACACUUUUUUUUUUUUUGCAAAUUGCUGUCCCUUAUUACUUAUUUUCAUUGAACCUGCAUUAUAUAGAAGAAAUGGAGAAAUAUGUUAUCAAAGUUUUAUUUUAAAAAGGAGACUUAAUUAUCUAAAGCCAUUUGUAAUUGUCUUUUGAAUUUCUACUAGAAGGGUUAUUAUUUUAAAAAAGAAAAGGAAAAAAAAAAGGAAACAAAAAGCCAAAAGCAAGCAGACAAGCCCUUACUCCCACCAUCGUUUAGGUGAAAGAAAUGGAAACACAAGUUUUUAAGUGUUUAUUUCCUUCAGGUAUUUCUGAGGCAUACAGUAAUUGCAUUCUGCCCCCUCCCCCUUUUGUCCAAUUAUAAUUAAUGAUUCAUGAUUUUCUUUUUCCGUCAAUACUUUUGUAAAACAUUGUUCACCUCCUACAUUCAAUAGUACUGAUAUCACUAAGGAGAUUUCAUGUCCUUCUGUCCUUUUUAGGAGAAAUACCAGUGCAUCACUAUUGUGUUUUCAUUUUAACAUACUUUGUGGAGGAUGGAUGUUUUUAUUGAAGAUGUCUGUAACCCGUCUAACUUAUUUAAUGUGAGAAGCCUUCAUUGGAAUCUAUCGUCUGUUUGUUUCCAACAAGUUCAAGUUUCUGCAACUGUUUUUUCACCAACACGUUAAAUAAUUCCCUUCUUAUUUUAUGCCUGAGAUUUUAAAAUUUGGGUUUGUUUUUUGGUUUUUUUCCCUCCAAUUCCCAAAAAUAUUUAUCUACAAGUGAAGCAAAACAGAUGUCAGAAGCUCAACCAAUAUCCUUUUUGCAGUUAAGGGAAAUAUAUUUAUCCUAGACUUAAUAAAAGACGGUGGCAAAUGGACAAUCUGAAGUGCUUAGAGGGAAUGCUCUCUCUUUUUAAGGCUGUCUCCGAGAAGUUUGUGUUUGGUGUCAUUUUAAAGGUAGCUUGAUCAUGCUGUGAUAUCAGAAACAGCCUUGUAACAAAGAGCCUCAUACAGUUGUUCGGUCACUAGAGUUUAAAAUGUAAACAAGUUGCAGUGGGAAAGCAAAGGUGAGGCAGUGUAUUUUGAACCAGUGAAUUGUAGCUUGCAAACGUACCUGAUUUUGAAGUAACUGCAUGGUAGCAAGGAUUAGCAGUCUCUUACACCCCUUCCUUCUUCCCUCUCAUCCCUGACACACGUGUUCAGCAUACCAUACAUUGGGAAAAAUAAGCAACUUCCUCCAGCAACGCUAAUCCACUUAAUGACUGCUUAAAGGGAACAUACAAACGGGCCCCGCCGCGUCCCGUCUCAUGCUAUUAGCUGGGACACUGGCUAAUACCACAACCAGCCCUGGAUGUGUCGCUUGGGGAGAGUGUGGUGCACCGAGGUGCCCGAGGAGAGGGUCCUGUCCUUCGGGUCCCUGGCAGCAAUGGCACCUCGCACCACCGCUUCUAGUGCUGGAGGCUCGCGGACAGCAUUCCAGGGGCGGGAGGAAAGCUUGUGUUUGUACUUUCCCUUUAAAUAGGAAAGGUUGGCUCACAUGUUCCUCAUACUUCUCAAUGAAUGUACUGUAUUACCAUUUAAAAAAAAAUCAAUUAAAUGAUAAUAGAUUGGUCUCCUUUUGUUAUCUGGUCCUUGUUUAAUUUGUUUAAGGGUUUUUGUAUACAAAAGUUUACAUUUUUAUGUAUAUUUUUCUUGUGUAAAAACUGAUGUAAUAUGUGUAUAAAACACUGUAUGUAUUAUCUGUAUAUAGUGUGACAAAAUGAUUUUCUUUCUUUCUUUUGGAUGUAUUAAUAAAUCUUGCUGUGAAGUA